AUUUAAUUCAUUUUCAAGUUUGUCACAAAUGUUUCGAGUGUAUGUCAAAAUUGUUAGUACCCAAAAUAAAAGUUGUGUGUGUGUAAGAAUAUACCAUUCCAUCGAAUUGGCUGUUGUUUCCAUAUCUAGACUAAUGCAGGCAAGGCAGUUGGCAUAAGACACACACAAAUACAGGCGCAGCAGCAGCGACCAAACACACACGAGUUUUUUCCUGACAGAAACACUCUUGAAAUUCUGUGUGUGAUUUUUGCAUAAAAUCAGUUGUGUGUGGAAAAAUCAAUUGGAAGAUAUAUUGCCAUACAAUAAUAACAGCAGCAGCAGCAACAGCAGCCCAACAACAACAUGGAUAGCGCCGGUAAUAAUCGUUAUGAACUUUUGUUCAUGGACGAUGAUGUUAGCGAUCCAUUAGAUAAUCUUGUCGCGGCCAAGAAGAAGCAGCAGCCAGCGACUGGCGCCGCAGCAGCCACCACAAAAACGGCGCCAACGGCAAAGGCACCAAAAGCAGCAGCGGCAACAGCAGCAUCAGCAGCAGGAGCCAAAAAGCCAAAUCAAGCCGAAAAGGAAAACAAACCAGGUGCAUUGAACAAAAAUGAUGGCAAGAAGAAUGCAGCUGGCAACAACAAUGACAAACUUAACAACAACAAGCAAGGUGGGGCUGCUGUCGCUACGCGCAAUGCUGGCAGCGCUGCUGCGGGCAAAACACGUGAAACUGGUCAAGGGCAGCAGCAGCAGCAACAGCGUAAUGUCAAUUUUCGUCAACAGAACGGAGGCGGCGGCGGGGGCAGCGAGGUAACGCGCGAGCAGCGCAACAAUCGCCGCAAUGUGCGCGAGAAUGGCGCUCCAGGUGGCAACUCUGGCAACGCUGCUGCCGAUGGCAAUCCUAGAUCAUAUCGCACACCCGGCGGCGCCGGCGGCAGCGGCGGCUUUGGCGGCGAUCGUCCACCACGUCAGAAUCGCAACUUUGAUGGCGCCAAUCGUAAACGUGAAUUUGAUCGUCAAUCGGGCUCCGACAAAACUGGUGUAAAGUCAAUCGACAAACGCGACGGAGCUGGCGCCCACAAUUGGGGAUCAGUUAAGGAAGCCAUCGAUGAUGUGAACAAGAGCAACGAGGGCGGCGAGACCAAUGCGAACAAUACCAAUGCCGAUGGAAAGGCCGAUGAGUCCGGCAAUGAGCAAACCAAUGAGCAGCAGACACCGCCAGAGGAGGAGACCAAAGAGCUAACCCUGGACGAAUGGAAGGCACAGCAGCAGCAGCGCAUUAAGCCCAAGUUCAACAUACGCAAGGCGGGCGAAGGUGAGGACACCUCGCAAUGGAAGAAAAUGAUUGUGCUGAACAAUAACAAAAAGAAGGAGAACGAAAGCGAAGAGGAACUUGAAUACGAUCCUGCCAUGUAUCCGCAGCGCGUGGGCCGCCAGCAGCGCGUCCUUGACAUUCAGUUCAAUUUCAAUGACGGUCGUCGCGGCGGCGGCAGCGGUUUCGGUGGUCGCGGCCGUGGUGGACCACGUCCGGGCGGACCACGCAACGAGGGCAAUCGCGGCGGACCACAAGGCGGCGGCGGCGGCGGUGGCGGCGCUGGCAAUGCCGAUGGCGGCAAUAUUGGCGGCGGCGGCGGCGGUCCAUCGGCUCGUCUUGAGGGCGGCAGCCGGCCACCAAUUGAACGUCGCGGCUUGGGCGGCGGCAUUGGCGGUGGUCAUGCUGGCAAGCGUUUUGGCAACGAGCGGCAACAGAAUGCCGCACCCAAGGUCAACGAUGAGCGCCAAUUCCCAACGCUCGCCUAAGCAGCGCGAUUGGAGAUUAGGCUAGAGGAGGAGGAGGGCGCUUCUGCUUCUGUUGCUGCUGUGGCAGGCGCCGGGAGUGCAUUCAAUUUUAGAGUUGGUGUCUGUAUUAGGAGCAGGAGGAGGAGAACAGUUUACCAAUAUAUCAAACACACACACACACACACACCAACACACACA